AUGUCGCUGGUUGCUGCCCUGCCUGAGGAAAUUCGUCCUGGGCCUGAUUUCCAUGGACUUCCAUGGGAGCCUAUUAUUAUCACUGCCUUAGUGGGAAUUGCCACACUUGCUGUAGUUUUCUGGAGAACCUGCCUUUCAGUAAAGAGUAGAAUAUAUCAAGUGACUGAAAAGCAACUUGCUGAAAAGAUUAAAAACCUACUGCAAGAAAAAACAGAAAUCUUAGAAAAGAUAUCUGAAUAUGAUCAAAAGAUAAAGGAAGCAAAAGAAUCAGUGAAAGUGGCCCAAGAACAAAAAGACAUUCUCUCUGAUGAAACUGCAGGGCUUAAGGACACUGUCAAAGAACUGGAAGAAGCAAAUCGUCAGCUAGAUGACAAAGUAAGAAAUCUGCACACAAUACUUGAAACAGAGAGGAAAAAUAAUGAGAAGAAACAGAACAAAAUCUCUGAAACCCAGAAGUCCUUGGAGAAGCUUCAGGAGGCUAUCAGUCUGCAUUCGGUGGAGCUUUCAGAGGUGCAGAUAGCCCUUAAUGAAGCUAAACUAAGUGAAGAAAAGGUGAAGUCUGAGCUUCAUCACAUGCAGGAAGAGAAUGCUAGGCUGAAGAAGAGCAAGGAACAACUGCUAAAAGAAGCUGAAGGUUGGAGUGAGAGGCAUACUGAGCUCAGUGAGCAGAUCAAACUCUAUCAGAAGUCUCAGAAGGACAUAGAGGAAGCGCUUGCCUACAAGGAAAAUGAAAUUGAAGUUUUAACCAACUGCAUUAUGCAGCUGAAGCAGCUUGAUGUGGAUUCCAUGUCCGAGGCCAGGAAGGAUGACGAAGGGCAUCAGUGGAGCUCGGGAGACGAUCUGGCCAAUGGAGAGCUGCCAGAUAAUGAGAGUGAGAAGAUGAAGACUCAAAUCAAGCAGAUGAUGGAUGUCUCCAGGGUAAAAACUAUGCUAUCCAUAGUUGAAGAAGACAGAAAUGCUCUGCAGUCCAAACUGAGUGAUGAAGUAGCAGCAAGACAUGAGCUGGAAGAGCAUAUAAAAAAACUGGAACAUGACUCCUGUUCACUCCAGUCAGCCAAAGCUCGGCUGGAAAAUGAGUGCAAAACACUACAGCAGAAAGUGGAGAUUCUUGGUGAGCUUUACCAGCAGAAGGAGAUGGCACUCCAGAAAAAACUAACCCAGGAAGAGUAUGAGCGUCAGGAGAAGGAGCAGAAAUUGUCUGCUGCAGAUGAAAAAGCUGUGUUGGCCAUCGAGGAAGUGAAAGUUUACAAGCAAAGGAUCCAAGAUAUGGAAGAAGAAUUGCAAAAAACAGAGAGAUCUUAUAAAAACCAGAUUGCUGCUCAUGAGAAAAAGGCACAUGACAAUUGGCUUAUUGCCCGCUCUGCUGAGAGAGCUCUGGCUGAAGAAAAAAGAGAAGCAGCCAACCUGAGACAAAAAUUAAUAGAAGUAAACCAAAAAAUCGUCAUGCUUCAAAGGCCUUUAAUUGUAAAGCCAACUCCAGGCAGACCCAGUCGCCAAGUCCCACCACGACGAGGGCCCUUAAGCAGAGAUGGCUCUUUUGGGCCAUCACCUGUGAGCGGAGGGAAUCCGUCACCCACUCAGAUGAUAGAAGUUCCUCCUCGACCCCUUUCUGCUCCUCGAAGGGAAGGCUCAAGGGGUGAAUUUGGUACAGUGGUAGAUGGUCCUCCUGCUCCACGAAGGCCACCAGAGUUACCAGGAAGGAUGUCUGUUCCUGACCUUGGGCCCGCUGUAGCGUCCCUGAUUGGUAGUGCGCCAAGAACCUCCUCCCCUUCCACAGCAAUGGAUGGAGUGGGUAAUGCUAGUCCCAAAGGCCCCCCUUCUUUCCCUGGGACACCUAUCAUGACCUCUCCAGUGAUGGGACCUCCACCUCCACCGCCCGUUCGCUACGGACCGCCGCCAGCUCCGCUGCGUGGACACUUUGGGCCUCGACCUCUUCCCGUGCCCCUAGUUCGUGGCGCUCCCAUGCCACCUCCAGCUGCAAGAGACUUCUUACCUGGCCCACCCUUAGGAAUGAGAGAUGUGCCUCCUGGCCCACUGCCACCUCCUCCAGAUCCAAGAGGCUACGGACGUGGGCACCCUCCAUUUCAACCCCUAGGUCCUCCUGGCCCAAGAGAUUAUCCUCCAGGCCUGCGGCUACCCCCACCUGGCUCAAGAGACUAUACACCUUCUCCUAACAGAGACUUGCCUCCGUCAGGACCUAGAGACUACCCUGCAGGCCCUCCUCCUCCUCCUCCAGGCCCAAAGGACUACACACAGCCGCCGGGGCAGAAGCCCUGACUGCAGCCUUGGCAGAGUGGACUCCAUCACUUGUGCGGCCAGGAGUUUAGGCCUGAAGUGGCUCCAUUGGAAGCCACUUGUCUCAUUUCAGUAUAUCUCAGCUUUUGCAGGAGUAAUUUUUAUCCAAUUGCUACAGACACUUUACAUUCAUUUAUGAUCGAUCUCCUUAAGCUCAUCCAUCCUCUUGGGCUGCAAGAACCUUCUCGUGAUGGACUUGAACCUCCUCUAAACGUGCAAUAGAAAGGAAGUAUCUGUGUGGCUAGUUUUAAUUCAAUGUAGCCUCUGUAACCAGUUGGUGAAUGAACUAAUUUCGUGAAAAAUGUAAAUCAAAUCAUUUCCUGUGGAAAUAAUUUUUAAGUAAAAUGCUAUCUUACCUGCCUUCUCCAUCACAUCAUUCAGCUGCAGUUAUUGUAGGCCGGGGGUUUACAGGAGGACUGUGAGGUGUUGUGGGUUUUUUUUUUAAAGAGAUGUCUGGUCAGUGAUCAGAAGCACAAAUGACACUGUACUCAAAGGAAAGUUCUAAUAAAAAGCAAAAUUCCUUUUGCUAAACCCUG